AUGUCUGUCACUGAGCCGGAGUUUCGGCGUGCUUUGGCGGAUUUUGUCUCGAGGAUUGAUCAACUUGGUAAAACAGAACGAUGGACUCUGCACAAGUCGGACAUAGGGAUUUGCGCCAAGCAGUCCGUGAUGGUGAAAUGGCGAAAAGAAGCAGUGAACCGGCAAGUGCACGUCACCUACAACCCAGUAUACGGAGUCCCCGUGCUGUGGUUCAAUUUUUACCGACGAGACGGUACGCCUCUUACGAGCUCGGAAAUUAUGGAAAUGUCGAGCAACGAGGGGUCUUCGGAAGUCUCGCAGUAUAUAUCUCUGAAUGAACAUCCGAUUCUCGGCGUACUCUUCUAUAAUAUUCAUCCGUGUAAAACCAAAGAAAUACUCACUGAGCUUAAUGGGAAAGGGAACUAUAUUGCGAAAUGGUUGUCUGUAUACGGUGCUCCGAUUGGUGUCGCCCCGCCUGAUGCGUUAUUCACUUCGAAAGCACUUUCACAGCGCUCUGAAGACGCAUCACAAAGUUCCGACGAUGGUUCGCUGAGCACCCUAGAGAUGUAG